CCGGCCCCGCUCACCCGCGCCCCGGGCCCGCAGGUCGGUCCGAGGCCUCCUCCCCGCCCUGCUCCCGCGGCGGGCGCCGUGGGCAUGCGGGCGAGGCCCGCGCGCGCGUGAGAGGAUGGGGACGCAGGGCAGCCCGGUCAAGAGCUACGACUACCUGCUCAAGUUCCUGCUGGUGGGCGACAGCGACGUGGGCAAGGGCGAGAUCCUGGAGAGCCUGCAGGACGGCGCGGCCGAGUCCCCGUACGCCUACAGCAACGGAAUCGACUAUAAGACGACCACCAUCCUGCUGGAUGGACGGCGGGUCAAGCUGGAGCUCUGGGACACCUCGGGCCAAGGCAGAUUCUGCACCAUCUUCAGGUCCUACUCCAGGGGCGCGCAGGGGAUCCUCCUGGUCUAUGACAUCACCAACCGCUGGUCCUUUGACGGCAUCGACCGGUGGAUCAAGGAGAUCGAUGAGCAUGCGCCGGGGGUCCCCCGGAUCCUGGUUGGGAACCGGCUGCACCUGGCCUUCAAGCGGCAAGUUCCAACAGAGCAGGCGCGCGCCUACGCGGAGAAGAACGGCAUGACCUUCUUUGAGGUCAGCCCACUGUGCAACUUCAAUGUCAUCGAGUCCUUCACCGAGCUGUCCCGCAUCGUGCUCAUGAGGCAUGGCAUGGAGAAGAUUUGGAGGCCCAACCGAGUGUUCAGCCUGCAGGACCUCUGCUGUCGGGCCAUUGUCUCCUGCACCCCCGUGCACCUCAUCGACAAGCUCCCACUGCCCGUCACCAUCAAGAGCCAUCUCAAGUCCUUCUCAAUGGCCAACGGCAUGAACGCCGUCAUGAUGCACGGGCGCUCCUACUCGCUGGCCAGCGGGGCAGGGGGCAGCAGCAACAAGGGCAACAGCCUCAAGAGGUCCAAGUCCAUCCGCCCUCCCCAGAGCCCGCCCCAGAACUGCUCAAGGAGCAACUGCAAGAUCUCCUAGCGGGCAGGCUGGGCGCCACCCUGUCCAGUGCACUCUGGGAGGGCUUGUGCUGCAGGAACGCUUCUGGCCGGGUGCUGGGCCUGGCGCCGUGUGCAGGGAAGGCUUUGGCCACGCCGCCUCCUGGGAAGCAUGGGGGUGCACGGCGCAGGCAGUGGUCUCAGCCACACAAGUUCCGUGGGACCGGAGAGAGCUGCGGGGGUCUCGGGGAGCAAGCCUGGGACCCCAGAGUGCGGUGCGGUUGGGAAACGCCCAGAUGACGGCUCGGCCUGGCCCCAGCCUCAAGGGGGUUGUCUCUGAGGACCCGGGAGGCCUGGCUCCCUUUCUUAUUUAUAUGGAAGAUGUUCACCGUUUUGUACAUUUUUAAAGGACAGGCAGGGCAGCCUCGACGCAGCCACAUGCUGAGCCCCUGUCAGCGGUGGGGUCAGGCUUUGGGACAUUUGGAGAGGGAGGGGAUUUGAGGCAAAGAUGGGGAGGAAUCCUGGUCAGGGCUUCAAGCUUUGAAUUCGUGGACACUUCAUGCGGUGGGUGGGCUGUGCAGGGGCCAGGGGUGGGUGGUGUGCUCAGGCCUGUGGCUGCCUCCGCCAGCCUUUGCGAACACGGGGGUCGGUGGGCGCCCUGAGAUGGCUGGGUGGCAGCCGUGGCCCCCGGCAGUCUGCGUGGUGUGGCCGCAGCUUCCUGGGCUCCCGCCAGCCUUCCUGGACAACAUCUUGCGAGUCUCGGAUGGGCUCAGGGCUGGGGGCGAGGGCUCGGUUCCCCAGAGGAGGUAGGGUGGGACCCCGUGACAUUCCCGUCUCUCUGAGGAAGAGAUGCAGGAGACGCCCCGUGGGGCUGCGGGGUGCUCUGGGGGUGUACCCCGACCCGCCUGUCUCCGGGCACCUGGACCCUGUUCUCACCAGCUUCUGUUCGCUGGACUCGGGUGUGACCCCUGCUCCUCUGGUGUCGCCCUCAUGGUCGCACGUCGCCAAAACCGUUCAGACACAUCUCUUAGUGACGCUGCCUGGACCGGUCCCAGCCGUGGACCCUGAGCCUCUCCUGGAGAAGCCAGCAGCCAGCCCCGAGCAGGAGGCCUGGCCGCCUCCUGCCGCUGCUUGGCGACCUGCACGGUCUCUCUGGUGCUCAGCUCUCCCUCCUCCUCACGGCCCCGCCCUGGGCUCUGGGACUCUCGCUGUGUGUGUGGGAGGCAGGGCGGGGGCACGGCCUGCGCGUGGGGGGCGCCUGGGGUCCCUGACAGGCCUGGCCUCAGCAGGGUCAGGCAGGGGAGGCCACACCCAUCCUGUCUUUGCCCGCGGGGGGGUGGGGGGCGUUUUUGGACUUUGAACCCAGUCACAGACUUUGUUUUGAGGACGUGGACAGUCCUACGUCCUACGUUCACUUUAUCAACACUACCCUUCGCUGCUGUCUGACACACCAUUCCUGGGCUCGUUUUGGACGGUUUUCCUUUCUUUGUACAGUAAACGUAAUUCAGCUCUGA